AUGCACACGCAUACAGCCGUCUCACCAACGUCGAAACAAAAACAAGCAGUCGACAUCACAAACACAUCAGAAUUCAUCGCCUUCCAAAACGUAUUUGAAGAACAACUCUCUGCAAAAAUACCAUGGUGCCCAGUUUGCCUCAAGAAAAGCCAAAGCAGUCUUAGUGAGACGUUGGUGCGGUGCUUUAAACAGAGGAAGGUAGAAACUGAAAAGCUUGAGGAGCUCCAAACGCUCAGCGAAAUCAUCGAUUCAGAAAUUCGAGCAGAGGAAGAACAACUCAAACAACUGGAGAGUGACAUCCUGUUUUUGCACGAGAAGAACAGUCUGGUGGUUUACGUCUACUCGGAGCUGUGCAAUGACUUGAGGCUGUUCAGAACAACUUCAAGCACACACUUUUCACAAAUAGCUUGCCUUGAAAAGGUGGUGCUCAAAAGUUCUGUCGUUCCGGAUUUGUCACUUCUCAAUCUGCAGAUUGAGAGGUUGCAGAACGAUCGAAGAAUUUGGGGUGAUAUUUUUGAAGUCAGUUGGACCGACGGAGGUGUUACGAUCUGUGGUGUUAACCCCGUCGAAAGCAUCAAAGCCAAAAAUUACACAGAAGUCCAGGCUUCGUUUGGGAUGAUCAUUUCAUUGAUCAAAAAAGUCGCGUUUUAUUCUGGUGCCUUCCUCCAAAAGACUUGCAUCGAUGGGUUUGGGUAUGGUGGAUUUGUGGUCAACCACACAGACUUUUCGAACGUGAGUCGGUCGAAGUUCAAAAAUGGGUUGAAGGGGGUUCUCGUUGCGUUUGAGGAAGUUUCGACGUUUUUAUCCGAGACCACAAACUUCGAGCUACCAUUUCCGAUAACGAAAAGUGAGUACUUCCAAAUAUACUCGUUCACCGAUACAAGUAAUCUCGAUCAAUGGGCGGUGGCGCUGAAAUUCUUUGUGUCUGACUUGGGGUACAUGUUUUCAUAUGUGUUUUUUAAUUAA